AUGUGUAGAGAAGGAUACCUGAAGCAGAAGAACCUUGAACGUCCAGAGCUGUUAACACGAUUGGGUCAAACUGCAAAGGAAAACAAUGAAGAGCAUGUGAGGAAAGAAACAGGUGGAGAAAGUCAGAGCAAAGAGCCUCUCAGGAUGGUGCUGGUUGGGAAGACUGGCAGCGGGAAGAGUUCCAGUGGAAACACCAUCUUAGGCAGAGAGGUUUUUAAAUCUAAAGCCAGUCAGAACUCUGUGACCAACUUUUGCCAGAAAGCAACAGGAAAGAUUGAUGGACAGCCUGUUGUUGUGGUUGACACCCCUGGGUUGUGUGACACAACUAAACCAAUGCCCAAUGAUGAGUUAGAACACGAGCUAUUGACUUGCAUCAGCAUGUUGUCUCCUGGACCUCAUGUCAUCUUACUGGUGCUGCAGAUCGGCUGCUUCACACAGGAAGAAAAAGGCACUGUUGAAAUUAUCAGGAAGAUUUUUGGUGAAAACUCAGGAGAUUUCAUCAUCAUUCUGUUCACCAGAGGAGACGAUCUGAACAAUCAGUCAGUUGAAAGUUACAUAAAUGAAGGCAGGGAUGACUUUGUCGAAAACCUGGUUAAAGAGUGUGGAGGGAGAUACCAUGUCUUCAAUAAUAAAGAUCAGACAAACAGAGCACAAGUCAGAGAGCUGCUGACAAAGAUUGAGACCAUGGUGAGAAAAAAUGGUGGGAACUGCUACAUCUCAGGGCUAAAGGUUGAGAAAGAGGUUAAGAACAUCAUGAAAGAUAUCAAAUCAAUGCAAGAAGAAAUGCAAAAACACGAGAAAGAAAUGGAAGCGCUGAAAGGCGAAAUAGAAGAAGAGAGGAAGAUGAACGAAAGAAAACGGGAGGAAAUGGAAGUGAUGAAAGGCAAAAUAGAGGAAGAGAGGAAGAAAGAAAUGGAGAGCCUCAGGCAGGGAAUGGAGAACUUGAAGAAAGACCAAAAAAAAGACAUUCAAGAGUGCCAACAGAAAAAUAAAAAAAAAUGCACCGAGGGAGUGAUGGCGGCAUCAUCCGGUCAUAUCUCUGAUGGCAUUCAGACAAGAGAGCCUCUCAGAAUAAUGGUGAUUGGAAAGACCGGCAGUGGGAAGAGUGCGACUGCAAAUACUAUUCUGAAUAAAGAGUGUUUUACAUCCAAAGCCAGUCAGACAUCAAUCACCCAGUGUUGCCAAAUAGCAAGAGGAGAGAUUGAUGGACGGCCCAUCGUUGUGGUCGACACCCCCGGCAUGUUUGACACAACUUUGACUAAUGAUGAAAUUAAACAGGAGCUUUUGAAUUUAAUCAGCAUGUUGUCUCCUGGACCUCACGUGUUCUUACUGGUGCUGCAGAUCGGCCGCUUCACACAAGAGGAAGAAGAGGCUGUAAAAUUGAUCAAGAUGAUUUUUGGUGAAAAUUCAGGUAAUUUCAUCAUGGUUCUGUUCACCAGAGGAGACGAUCUGAACAAUCAGUCAAUUGAAAGUUACAUAGAAGAAGACUGUGUUGACUUUGUCAAACACCUGAUUAAAGAGUGUGGAGGGAGAUACCAUGUCUUCAAUAAUAAACAUCAGACAAACCGAACACAAGUCAGAGAGCUGCUGACAAAGAUUGAGACCAUGGUGAGAAAAAAUAAAGGCUGCUGCUACAUGGAAAAGGAACUGAUAGAAAAACUGUUUCAGAAAGAGAAGGAGGAACUUCAAAGACAACAUGAGCAAGAAAUUGAAGAGCUGAACAAAAAAAUAAAUGCACAGACUUCUGAACUGAAUCAGGAGAGAGAGAAGAAAGAAGAAAUGGAGAGAAAAAUUGAGAGUUUGAGGAAAAAACAGAAAAGUAAAAGAAAAUGUACCAUCCUAUAAUAAUGCUGGGGACUGCCUGGACUCUCUUGGCCAACAUUUAACCAGGUUUCUAACCAGCUUUUUACAUGAACAUUUGUGAACAACAGGAAGACUUUAAACAGGAGAAGUUUAUCCACAAUACUCUGAGAUUCAUCCUUACAUGCAAAAUAAUUCAACUCACAUAAGAAGCCUCUGAAGUCUGGAUCAGCCAGGAAACAGAUGAACAGUUAAAUUCAGACACAUUUACACUGUAGCGGAAAAACUCUGAAUUAAUGAAGAGUUCAUCGUGUCUUUGGGACCACUACACAUUUACACUGUGAACAAGGUUAAUAUAUAUUGUUUUUGAUAUGUGUCAUAAAUCUUCUUUCACACUGGCACUGAAAAAUGUCUUGUGAACCUUUACAGAUGUUUUUUUGUCAUGUUGUACAUUCGUCCUUUCAGCUACUGGAAUGCAUCAGACUUUCAACGACACACAGUGUCUUUCUUUAAAAGAAUAAAACAGGUUGGAUCAAGUUAGUGUGACUGACUUUAACAGUGACAAAGGAGUAGUGAUAAAAUGUAGUAGUGUCGCUGUCAUUGUAAUAGCAUGUGUUUAAAGUAAUGUCAGAACAACCAUUUAAAAAAACAAUAUGAUGUAAAAUAUGUGUAUAGAUGACAAAGGAACAAGUUGGUUAAAGAAAAGUUUUUGGAAAAUGUAACAUGACAAAAAAAAAGUUUUAUUUUUGCUUUUAUUUUUGCUCUGUCAUAAUUUUUUAACCAUAGUUGGAAUAUGUCUUUAUGGACCUGCUUGUUAGAAUCAGUUUGCUGAGGUUCUUUAUUGUC